CCAAACGAGAGCGACGACGACGCCGCUAUUUUGGCAUUUUGUGGUUUUUGAUGUUUUUCUCUUUCCAUUUCUAAAAAAUUUAACAUUCCAAUUUAUACUCCAUUGUAUUCUAUAGUUGAAGAUUGUGCAAGAUGACUGCUAUAUGUCCUAAAAAGGACGGAGGGCCAAAUGUUGAUUUUUUUCAAUCUCCAGAAUCUCUAGCUCAAUUUGAUCAAAUUCGUGUUUGGUUGCAGAAAAAUUGCAAAAAGCAUGUUCAGACUGACCCGCCAACCAAGGAGGGGCUUGCCCAGCUGGUGGUGCAGCUAAUACAGUACCAGGAGAACAAACUUGGGAAGAAUGCUUCGGAUCCACCAUUUAUCAGGCUUCCAAUGAAAGUGUUCAUGGACAUGAAGCCGGGCGGUUCUCUGUGCACUGUGCUCGCCACCAUGUUCCGCUUCAAGUCGGAGCAGCGGUGGCGCAAGUUCGACUUCCAGGUCGGUAAGAACCCGUCGCGGAAGGAUCUGAAUGUUCAGAUGAUGAUGGAGAUUGAGUCUUCCCUCAACAGCGCAGAAGUGGUCCGCACUCCCUGUGUCUACAUUCGUCCUGAUGUAGACAAAGCUACUGUUAACAAGAUCAAGGAGAUUAUAGGGCAUCAUGGAGACAUUUGUGAGGACGAAGAAGACGCGACUCACAUAAUCUACCCGACGGUAGAUCCGCUCGAAGAAGAGUACGCGCGGCCGGUCUUUCGUCGCGGGAACCACGUGCUCAUGCACUGGUACUACCUGCCUGACAGCCACGAUACCUGGGCGCAGGCGGAUUUGCCCGUGGACGUCCCCGAGACAGUGAACUGGGAAUGCUCUCGGGCGGAGCCGUGGCGCGUGUCGGCGUCGUGGGUGCUGGACCUGCCGCAGUACAACGAGUGGAUGAACGAGGAGGACUACGAGGUGGACGCCAACGGCAAAAAGAAGGUGCACAAACUGCGUCUAUCCGUGGACGAGCUCCUCCCGGGCGCGGAGCCGUCGGGCAAAGGAAAGAAGGCCGGCAAGAGGAAGCGCUCGCCAUCGCCGCCGCCCACCAAGCACAACAAGAGGAAGAGCCGUAUAACGAAACGCCGCGAGAACGAGGUGGAGGACGAGGAAGACAACGCUUCCAGAGACAACACCGACGCGGUGCCCACGCCAGAAAGCGAGAAAGCUGUUGAGACGCCGACGGCCGCCGCGGAGCCGCCGCCCGCGGAGCCGCCCGCCACGCCCGCGCCGCCGCUCGACUCGCACGACGACUCGCAGGGGAAGCAUUCCGAUUCCAACACGCAGGAAAUGUUAAUAAAAGAAGAACUGGAGGACAACGUAACGGAUCAAACUCAUCACAUCGUGGUACCUUCGUACUCGGCUUGGUUCGACUAUAACUCCAUACACACCAUAGAGAAGCGCGCCCUGCCGGAGUUCUUCAAUGGCAAGAACAAGUCCAAGACGCCCGAAAUAUACUUGGCCUACAGGAACUUCAUCCUGGAUACAUACCGCCUGAACCCCACGGAAUACCUGACUUCCACCGCGUGCCGCCGCAACCUGGCGGGCGACGUGUGCGCCAUCAUGCGGGUGCACGGCUUCCUGGAGCAGUGGGGACUCAUCAACUAUCAGUUGGAGGCGGAGUCCCGGCCCACGGCGAUGGGGCCGCCGCCCACGUCUCACUUCCACGUGCUCUCCGACACGCCGUCCGGCCUGCAGCCACUCGUGGCAAGGCGACCGGCAGAGAACGCGGCGGUGCCGAAGAUAGAGGCGGGGCUGCCCAACGGCGCGGAGGCGGCGCCGGGCGCGGCCAAGCCCGAGCUGGCCGCGCUGCCCGCCGAGCCCGGCCUCAAGCUCGACCAGUAUCGCAACGCCGGCGGUCGCGGUCGCGAGUGGACAGAGCAAGAGACGCUCUUGUUGCUAGAGGGGCUGGAACUACAUCGCGACGACUGGAACAGAGUGGCGGCUCACGUGGGCACCAGGACACAGGACGAGUGCAUCCUACACUUCCUCAGACUGCCCAUUGAGGAGCCAUACUUGCAAGAUAGCAGCUCAGGUGGAGUCCUGGGUCCACUGGCAUACCAGCCGAUUCCGUUCAGCAAGACCGGCAACCCCGUGAUGAGCACGGUCGCGUUCCUUGCCUCGGUGGUCGAUCCAAGGAUCGCUUCCAAGGCCACUAGGGCAGCUAUGGACGAGUUUUCUGCUAUAAAGGACGAGGUGCCGGCGGCGAUGAUGGAGGCGCACGUGAAGGCGGCGGCCGAGCACGGCGCCGCCGCCGCGCUCGCCGCCACCGGCAUCGCCGGCACCGCGCCGCCGCAGGAGAAAGCGGAAAAGAAAGAAGGUGCGGAAGUGAAGACAGAAGCGAUGGAUGUAGAGGAGAGCGAGCCUGCACAGAAAGUGAAGGAAGAACCCGCCGAGCCCGCCACUGCCGCCAAUGAGAAAGAGGAACCGCCCGCCGACCACACUGACGAACCACCAGCCACCGUGGACGCCAAACUACAAUCAGCAGCAGCGGCUGCCCUCGCAGCUGCGGCGGUGAAGGCCAAACAUCUGGCCGGCGUCGAGGAGAGGAAGAUCAAGUCUCUGGUGGCCCUGCUGGUGGAGACGCAGAUGAAGAAGUUAGAGAUCAAGCUGCGCCACUUCGAGGAGCUAGAGGCCACCAUGGAGCGGGAGAGAGAAGGUCUAGAAUAUCAGCGACAACAGCUGAUCCAGGAGCGACAACAGUUCCACCUGGAGCAGCUCAAAGCGGCCGAGUUCAGGGCGAGGCAUCAAGCGCAUCAGAGACUGCAGGCGGAGAGCGGCGCGGCGCCGGCGGCCGCGGCGGACGCGCCCGCGCCCGCGCCCGAGCCCGCGCUGCCCGCCGCGCACUCCGCGCACUCCGCGCACGCCGCGCACGCUUAGCCACACAUACUCUCCUAGGCCUCUCCACACAGAGACGGGGCCGCUACUUGAUUCUUCCGGACAUACAUUUGUCUGUGGAAUCUAUCCAUGGACAAAUGUACGUACUAUAAAAUUCAUAAAUAAUGGUGUGUGGGGAAAACCUAUCUGACUUGUAGAUCAUUUUCUGCGCUACCUGCGGAAAUCGUAUAUAAUAACAGAAAUGAAUCACAUACGCAAACUUCGUAGAAAAUUUGUCACUUUAUGUAUUGUGCAUAAAUAUGUGUUUUUACAAAUUAUAUGUAAUACUAUAGAGAAAACCAUUUUACGAAUAAACACCCAUCUAGAUCCAUUCAAACGAUCAAUCUGAACCAAUCCCCUUGAUAAAUAUACUUUUAUCGCUAAAAUAUACACGCAAGUUAAAUUGAUAGAGUUAAUCAAUUUAACAAUUUCCAAUUUCUCGACAUAACUUAUCAUUCUUAAAAUUUAUUUCUGGUUUGUUAAAAUUUGAUCGAGGUGCAGAUUUGUUUUAUGACAAGACUGUUUGUUUAAUUGUCCGACCGUGUUAAUGCAGCCCAAUUUCCAUUAUUCAUCAAAAUUAUUAGAAAGUUAAUAACAUUGUUAUUAAAAUUAUGAAAUUUCCAAAUUGUGUAAAGUUAUGCUCUUUAAUAACCUAAUUAGCAUAAAUGUUUACUACACUCAUUUCUUCAUCUAAAAUAUAUAUCUAAGGUUCUGUUCGAUUUAAAAUUUAUAUUUCGAUGAUCUAAAUUUUGAUGAAGAAUAAUGUGAUGAAAAUUUAAUAUGAACGACAAAGUCAUGAUUACUGUAAUUCUCAAAAAUUUUAAGACUGCUUUUAUAUUCUUGGUAUCAUAUGACACCAUUACUAAGAGUAGCAAUCAAAACGAAUUCACAAAUAUUUUAUGUAUUUACCGACAAAAGAUCUUUAUUCUCACGAAUGUAUGUGGAAAGGAUGUUAUAGAUUUUAAAUAGCUAUCUUAAGUAAUUUUAACUUAAUAUAAGUUUGUAUUGUAGAAAAUAAUUAUUUGUCGUAACGAUAAGUUAUGUAAUAAAAUAGUACAUAAAACUAA